AGAGCAUUAAGCGUGCUAAUAAACCUAAUUGAACUAUGCAUCCUCAGUGUCUGCUGACCUUCAGUCUCUUUCAGUGAGGUUCCUCUCGGCYCUAUUCGGCUACUUGUUCAUAAGAGUUUUCCACCAGUAAAGGCUACAUGGUGCCAGUGGCUUUUUGUUUUAGAACUUUCUUCACUGGGGGUCCAAGUGAAGGAAACUGAUGAUCACUGAUAGGGUACAUAGUGGAUGGACUCACUGGUUGCCUCACAACUCCCUGUUUGUGGAUGAUGGUGACAAUGGUGGUGGGAGUUUGUCCCGCAGUUGUUGGGUUGCUGGAUCGAGCCCCACUCCGUCUGCCUCCAUUGUUGUGUCCUUAGGCAAGAMACUUUACCCCCCUUCCCAGCUGGUAGUACUAUAGCUACUGUGUAACCAUCACCAAUUUACCAUUUACAAGAGCCAAUCCUGCACAAUAAUCCAAUCGGCAAUUUGUAAAAACUCACAGCAGCAGCUGAGUUUGACAAGAAGCUGCAGACUGCUUCCAUGUCCUCCAUUGUUGUGUUUGUGUUGCGUACCGAUCAUGUCACACUACUUUUUGGACUCUUUGGCCGCCCAAUUAUAUGACGACCCCACCUCCUAGAGCUGUUAUUCAGUUGUAAUGGAAAACCAUCUGAACUSAGUAGAGCCRUGCUGCUAGGUGCUGGUAGAAAAGUGCAUGCCACUGAUGCCUCGUAAAGCUCACGGGAAAACAGAUAUUAUCAACUUGUAAUUUAUUGUAACCACUGCUAGGCUAUGCCAAGAGUAUCUUGCCUGKGACAUUAUUCUUCCUUUCAGGUGUUCUUUUCCACAAUCAAUGUGUUUACAUGUUUUGURCCUUCAGGCACUGAAUGGAUCGGCGUGUCCAGACGGUCCUGGGGCGCCUGCAUCACUCAGCUAUGUAGUGCCGUUGGACAGGCCAUCCUCGGCGGCUUGAUCUACUUCAUCAGAGACUGGAGACUGACUCAAAUGGUCAUGGCUGCUCCGUUUGCCGUGAUCACUUGUUACAUAUGGUUAAUUCCAGAGUCAGCCAGAUGGUUGUUGGACAGGGGACGGACAGAUGAGGCUAAAGAGCUGAUCAUCAAAGUGGCGGCCAUUAACAAACGCACGAUUUCAGACUCUCUCCUGGAAAAGAUUACUAUCAAAGAAAAUGUGCAAAAGGGAGGCAUAAUAUGUCUUAUUAAAUCUCCUGUGCUGAGGAAGUAUUUCCUUACCAUCAUCUUGGCAUGGUUCUCCCUGAAUGUUACCUACUUCUGCCUUUCACUGAAUGUGGGAAACUUUGGCUUGGACAUCUUCCUGACUCAGGCCUUGUUUGGGCUCUCUGAAGUACCGGCUCACAUUAUUUGCAUUUGGCUGCUGGAGGCGGUGGGGAGAAAAGUGUCACUGAUCACCACACUUGUGAUCGGAGGAUUUCUGUGUCUCUUGAUCCUCGCCGUACCUCAAAGUAAUGCCAUUGCUGUCACUGCGUUAGCCAUUGGCGGACGUUUUUUGACCAACUGGGCCGSAUCUAUAUGCAACUUGUAUGUUCAGGAGUUGUUCCCGACGUCUUUUCGGCAAACGGCCUCGGGUUUGGGCUCCAUCGCGAGCCGAGUCGGAGGACUGCUUUCCCCGCUGCUCAACAUGCUGGCCGUGUACCACUGGUCCAUCCCUAUCGUGGUCUACAGCAGCCUCACCAUCCUCAGCGGAGCCCUCUGCUUCCUGCUUCCCGAGACCAGAAGAACAGAACUYCCMGACUCGACCCGACAAGCUGAAGGCAACUGGACGAAGAACAAGACGAAUCACCAACGAGACUCAAAUGAAGAUUUACAAAUCAAAUCAACCAAGUUGUAGUCUGUACUAUUUCAUUUUUUUUAGUGCACUAAAUGGUUUCAUUGGAACUCCAGUGUGUAGCUACGGCUAAUCGGUGKAUUUAUAUUUUAUCUCCUGUAAUUGUCAAACAUUGUUUAUUGAUAAUAAUGCUCAAUAGUUAAGAGAACCUUGUUUCUAGCUCCUCUCUUUGUACUCCUUUCUAAGUGAUAUUUAGGUUACAACCUAAUCUACUUUUACAAAUAUGGAAUAAUCAGUCUGGGUUUGUUUGUUUUUUUGUUUUAACUCGUGCGCUUAUGUUUUUUGUGUGGGGGGAAAAAAUAAAAAUGUACAGCUACAGAUAAAAAGAGAUAUGAAAUCAGGACUAAUGGCUGAGCUUUUACUUUGUCACAUUUGUGUCAACAUGAACAGAAAACCCUUUUAACAGAAUUUUUUGUGUCUUGUUAUACUGUCUGCUGUUUUAUGAAAACGUUGAAAAUCUUUAUGUUUUACAGCCUGUGCAGCUUCAUUAUUAKAUAGAGUGUUUUAUUUUUUGUUAUCUCUCACAUUAACUGCACAGUUUUCUAUAGAAAUAUUAUUGACUCUUUACUGAGGUCUGACKGUUUUUAAAAGCUAUAUAAUUUUGGAUGAAUUGAGUUUUUUGGUCUCUAAAAAUCAUCAACAUUACAUAUUAAAACAUCAGUGUAUGCAUAUUGUUGAGGCAUCUGCCUUCUGACAGAAUACAAGAAAAGUCUGUUGAAUGUU